CAUAGAGCACCGCCAAUUCGUCGAGCACCUCGCCUGCCUCCACAAUGCCGCCGCCGCCGCCCUCCAGCGCGGCUCGGCAACUGGAGGACGCGGUCAUGAUGAGGCUCCGCGGCUGCGUGACGUUCCGGGACCUCCUCCGCGUCCACGCCCACGUCGUGCGGCUGUGCCUCUCCCAGAGCAGCUACCUCGCCACCCAGAUCGUCCACCUCUGCAACGCCCACGGCCGCGCCGCCCACGCCGCGCGGGUGUUCUCCCAGGUGCGCGAGCCCAACCUCCACCUGCACAACGCCAUGAUCAAGGCGUACUCCCAGAACCACCAGCACCGCGACGCCGUCGCGGUCUACGUCCGCAUGCUCAGGUGCCCCACAUUCCCUCCGGAUGGUCGCGCCGGCGGGGACCGGUUCACAUACCCUUUCCUUCUCAAGGCCUGUGGAGGCCUUGCGGCACUUGAGCUGGGGAAGCAGGUCCACGCGCACGUGGUGAGAUCGGGGUGCCAGUCCAAUGCCAUCGUGGAGAACUCCCUGAUCGAGAUGUACACGCGCGCCGGCGACCUGGAGCUCGCACACAAGGUGUUCGAUGGAAUGCGGGAUAGGGACGUGGUUUCCUGGAACACGCUCAUAUCGGCGCACGCGAGGCUGGGUCUGAUGAGGAAAGCAAGGGCGUUGUUCAACUCUAUGCCUAACAAGACCAUUGUUUCCUGGACGGCGAUGGUGUCUGGGUACACGGCAGUCCGGAACUUCUCCGGCGCUGUCGAGGCGUUCCGGUCGAUGCAAACGGAAGGCUUCGAGCCGGACGACGUGAGCAUCGUCACCGUGCUGCCAGCAUGUGCCCAGCUGGGAGCUCUGGAGCUAGGCCGGUGGAUAUACGCCUAUUGCGACAAGCACGGGAUGCUGAGAAGGACACACAUAUGCAACGGGCUAAUGGAGAUGUACGCCAAGUGCGGACGCAUCGACCAAGCAUUGCAGAUGUUCGACGGAAUGACCGAAAAGGAUGUGAUCUCGUGGAGCACGGCGAUCGGUGGCCUCGCGGCUCACGGGAAAGCGGAUGAGGCCGUCCGGCUGUUCAAUGAGAUGGAGAAAGAAGGAAAGGUGAGGCCUAAUGGCAUCACCUUCGUCGGGAUCCUGUCCGCCUGCUCCCAUGCCGGGCUCGUGGACGAAGGGCUGAGCCACUUCGAUCGGAUGAAGGACGUCUAUGGCGUCGAACCCGGCGUCGAGCACUACGGCUGCGUCGUCGACCUCCUCGGCCGGUUAGGGCAAAUCCGGCGCGCGCUGGACUUGGUACGCGACAUGCCAAUGCCCCCCGACGCGAAGGUGUGGGGCUCGUUGCUCAGCGCGUGCCGGAGCCACGGCGAUGUCGAGACGGCCGUGUUGGCCGCCGAGCGGCUGGUCGAGCUGGAGCCGGACGACGUGGGCAACCUCGUCAUGCUAGCCAACGUGUACGCCGCGGCGAGGCGGUGGGGCGACGUGGCAAUCACAAGGAAGGCGAUACGGAGCAGGAGCAUGAGGAAGACGCCUGGGUGCAGCCUGAUCGAGGUGGGCAACGUGGUGCGAGAGUUCGUCGCCGGAGAAGAUCUGAGCUCUGAAUUUGGAGGCCUUGCUGAUGUUGUGGACAACUUGGCCUCGCACCUUGCAGAUGACGAGGAUGAUGUAGAAGAUUUCACUGAUUCAGAUAGAAUGCUUUGUGCAAAUAUUUCGCGAACGAUUGGUUCCAAAUUACCAAUGUGAAACGGGAGCCAACAAAAUUUGACUCUUGCAAGGUGUUUGAGCCUUGCAGUAUCUUGAAUGUUUUAUGACAUCUGAAAAAGAGUCGGAGUGUUAUGUUUUCUGAACUCGGAAGAACUUCGGCCUUCGCCCUUCGCCCUUCGCUGUUGGUACUGGGGAGAAGUAAAAAUGGCGGUCCUAUAUAAAUCGAGGGCCGAUAUUGUGCAGGCCGGAUACAUACAGCCUGCAUCAUUCAAUCGAUGGGCUGAAACUGAACAAAUGGUCAGUACAGGGGAUUAUUCUUUAUGUUGCACAUAUGGAUCCCAAACUUUAUCGUAUGAUAUGAUCCAUGUGGUCAUUAAACUUGGACUAAGGUGUUAUCUAUACCAUGAACAUACAAAAUACGU